AUGAAGGCGGCGGCGGAUACAAUACCAGUUCAUAAAAGCUGCUAUGCCGUGCUCAAGAAGGAAUGUGCCAGCCAUGAUAUUUUUGCCAUCAACAUCCGGCUAUGGGCAGUGGCAGCGUUCAGAAAGCCCUGGAACAAUUCCCAGCCAUUGUUUCUUCCCUACCCCACGAAUGUCGAUAUAUCCUUGAUCGAAACCGUUGUUAAGGAGAUCGGAAUGCCACAGCUGCUUGACAUGCCAGCUGAGGUUGUUGGCAUGAUACAGGGUUACUCGGAGCGCUCGUUGUUCUGGCGGAGCGUAGCAGCACGUAGCCUGGCGACGUAUAUAUCAGAGACAAUAGACCAGCCCCUAGAAUUUCAGACGACGCCGCUGACAGAGAUCAUGGAUUGGAAGCGCGGAUCCGCUGUCACAAGCACUUCACCCAAGCUUCUGCCUCCAUUUGUCACAAUCACCAUUGAUUCCGAUGGCAUUCGCAGCAUCUCUCGCCAGGGUCAUCCCUCUGAAUAUUCAAUAGGACGCUCUACCAGCACCACAUACAUCGUCUUGUCUCAAGAUGAUGAAAUGCUAUCCAAAUUAGACGUUCAUAACAUGUACGGUCGAUGUCGCCUCGUGGUUCCUCCCGAUAUGGAACCUCCACGCAUUUGGAAUACCCCUACUCCACCUGCCUGGUCUUCUUGCAAUAUGUCCAUAAAUGGGCAUGACAGCUCUAGGAAGUGGCCACGUUUGACUGCCGUCAAUCUGGAUGGGAUUACAGGCAUAACCUUCUUUCUUGAUCUAGGAAGCCUCGCCAGCAUUCAUCUCCAUUAUCCUGGGGAGCCAUCUGCCAUGGACACAUAUAACAAAAUGGGAAGCACGCUUCGGUCAUUCUGCGUUUGGAUUUACGUUCCUAUCUCUAAAGAUGAUCAGGUGACUGCAAUUGGCGUCAAACGAGACCUAGGGAAGCCUUUCAGCCUCUUCAUACAAACGGAGAAAUCUGGCGACAUCAUUGUGGGGCCGCACAACGAGUCCUUUAAAGAUAAUUGCUUCGUCCACACUGCUCCCCUAACUUUUAUAUACCAACAACUAAAGCAAUGGGAUACCACGAAUGAGUUGGGCUUUGUUGGCACAUACUCUGCUGGGGAACCAGCCAGGAAAAUGGAAGAGGAUUUCCCUGUGGACAGAUACGAACGUAGCCCGCUCAGUUUGCACAGCUUUGUCGAAACAAUUUACUUUUCUUGGGCUCCUCUUGAAGGCGUUGCAUCUGCUGUCGUCUACAAAAGACGGCACAAGGGAGUCACAAGAGGUAUUAUACUACACUAUCUAAACGGAGGAUCCCGAGCUCUUGGGCAGUGCCGUGUCGGCGUGGAUGUGGCACAGGAGGUUUUCCUACCCAUUAUGAUCUGUAUCAAGAUAGCUUCCAGAUGGGAUGGGCGUUUUAUAGACGACACUGAUAGCGAAGACGGAGAAGAAUCUGAAAGCCCCUGGCAGCGGCGGACCGUUCAUAGCGCACGGGUGGAAUUCCAGUCCGAACCAGAGCAUGAGCACCCUGCCGGGGAACAGUGGUGCUGCAAGCCGAUGGCGGAUAUCCUCAAGUUUUGGUGCAUGAUUGAGAAUACAUUCUGUACUGUAAGGGAUGGUACAGAAGUCGGCCCUAUACCGGGCGCCGCUACAGCCGAUUUACAUAUGUUGUCGGGGAGACGGUAUACAUAG